AUGAAGCCCACCACCCUCCUCGUCACCCUGGCCGCCACCGCCACCGCCCUCCCCAGACUCCACCCACAUAAGCGCGCUAGCCAAAUAAUCCCUGUCGUCGUUGGCGGCCCGCAGGACACCUUCGUGCCGAACAGCAUCACCGCGGCCGUGGGCGACAUUGUGCAAUUCCAGUUCAGCAACGGCAAUCACACGGUAACGCAAUCGACGGUAGACCAGGCCUGCACGCCCAUGGAUGCGGGCGUGCACAGCGGUCACAUUCCGUUCAAGGACGGGCAGGCCGAUGUGGGCACGUUCAAUAUGCCGGUGACGAGCACAGAGCCGAUGUUUCUGUAUUGUGCGACUGGGCCGCAUUGUCAGGAGGGGCAAGUCAUGGUUAUUAAUCCUGUGAACGCGCAACAAGUAGCCGACUACGCCAAGCUAUCCCAAGCAACAGAGAAGAGCACCGAUGGUGGUGCGCCCGUCGGCGGCGCCGCGGGAAAGAUUGCCCUUGACCAGGCUGCUUUCACGCCCGCUCCGCCUCAGGAUGCUGCUGCAGCACCUCCACCUGCUGCUGCAGCACCUCCCGCUGAAGCCCCACCGGCUGCUGGCAACGCAACAGCACCCGCAGAAACAACACCAGCUGAGCCUCCUGUUGUAGCACCUCCGGCAGAAACCUCCGCCGCCGAAGCUGCGCCGGCUGAGAGCGCUGCCCCGCCUGCGGAGACAACGGCUGCUGUCCCACCGGAGCCGACCUCGUUUGUGUUCCUGAGUAAAUAG